ACAGGAACUACACGUCCCACAAUGCCCGGCGGCGGCGCUUCCUGUCGGCGCAUGCGCACUCCCCUGGGUUCCUCGGCGGCAGCUCCUUUUGUUUGGAGGCGCCACAUCCAUUCGAUUCCGGCUCGGGGGGCGCAGGCGAUUCCACUGGUUCCAUCUCCCGGGGGAGCCGAGUCCGCGGAGACAUUUGAGCAGGAAGUGAAGCCCGAGGCACCGGGAGGAGGAGGCGAGUCACAACAGGGCCCCAGAGCUUACAAUCACAUUAACACGAGACUCCGUUUAAGGGUAGGACUACACCAACGUUUUUGGCGUGAUGCAACAAAGCGGCAGCAUUUAAUUGCAUGUGACGGAACUAAGCUCAGCGAAGCAGAUAAACUGGCGACCUCCAUGGGAAAGAAGCAGAACAAGAAAAAGAUGGAAGAGGUUGCGGACGAGGAGGAGGAGGAGUAUGUGGUGGAGAAGGUCUUGGACCGACGGGUGGUGAAAGGGAAAGUGGAGUAUCUGCUCAAAUGGAAAGGCUUCUCUAACGAGGACAACACCUGGGAGCCAGAGGAGAACUUGGACUGUCCCGAUCUCAUCGCCGAGUUCCUGCAGUCGCAAAAAUCCGCGUACGAGUCGGACAAGUCAGAGGGCGGGAAACGCAAGGCGGAUUCGGACACGGAGGUCGGGGAGGAGAACAAACCCAAGAAAAAGAAGGACGAAGCAGAGAAGCCCCGUGGUUUUGCCCGUGGACUGGAACCAGAGAGGAUCAUUGGUGCCACAGACUCCAGCGGGGAGCUGAUGUUCCUUAUGAAAUGGAAAACCUCGGAUGAAGCCGACCUUGUCCCGGCCAAGGAAGCCAACGUAAAGUGCCCCCAGGUGGUGAUUUCGUUCUAUGAGGAGAGGCUGACGUGGCAUUCUUACCCUUCAGAGGAGGACGACAAGAAAGAUGAGAAAAAUUAAAGUGCCCCCUCCCUUCACCAACCAUCGAAAGUUAGCGGGUGAGACAUAUCCGCCAGUCACUCACACCUGAGUGAGGAAGGGGGAGGAGCCAUGCAGGAUUCAGUCUGUCCUGGUAUCCCGGGGACGGACGCACAGACAGGAGGAACUCUGCAUCCUACAAGCUCCUCCUCUUCCUCCUUCCCAAUAGUGUUACAGACUCUGUAUUGUUACUGAGUAGCAUGUCCUGUAGUGACUGAUGAUGAGACGGAAGAGACCACUGCGGGGCGGAGGGGGGCUUUCAAAUCACUUGGGACCCUGCAACGAGGCAAAGUCUAACCAAUAGCUGCAGAUCCUGAACUCGCCCUUUGGCCCCUGUACAAGAACGGUUUUUGGGAAUCUCGUUGCUGAUUGGGGGGGUCUCCCGGGAGGCAGGAAUCUAAUGCAGGUGCUGAUCCCAUUUUCUAACACAUCCCCCAAACCAGAAUUCCUACACGCUGAGGCCCACGAGGUCUCUGCCAUCACGCUGUGACUACAUACAGGAUCAUUGUAUAAACUGUCAGAUUUGUAGUUUUUUGUUUGUUUGUUUUUUAAAGAAAAAGCAUGUGUUUUAGGUCUGUCUCAAUGUAAAGUAAUUCUUAGUGUUUUGUCAGUCUGUCGUUGUAAUAAAACUUUUAGAUUUAUAA